AUGUCGCGCUCGGGUGACAAGAAGCCUGUUGGGUUUGCCAUUCAGUUGACGGCAGGAGGCACAGCAGGAGCGAUGGAGGCGCUAUGCUGCCAACCUCUGGACACAAUCAAAGUACGAAUGCAGCUCUCGCGCUCUGGGCUGGCUCCAGGGACUAAACCCAGAGGGUUCCUCGCGACGGGAGCAAUGAUCGUUCAGCGAGAAACUCCUCUCGCGCUCUACAAGGGCUUGGGUGCGGUGCUGUCGGGAAUCGUCCCCAAGAUGGCUAUCCGGUUCGCGAGUUUCGAGACAUACAAGGGAUGGCUAGCAGACAAGGAGACUGGCAAGACCAGCGUCGGUAAUAUAUUCAUUGCCGGUUUGGGCGCGGGGACGACCGAGGCUGUAUUUGUAGUGACGCCCAUGGAGGUUGUGAAGAUUCGGCUACAAGCGCAGCAGCACUCGCUCGCAGACCCUCUUGAAACGCCUCAAUACAGAAAUGCUGGGCAUGCAGUGUACAAGAUCAUCCGCGAAGAGGGCUUCAGCGCCCUUUACCGUGGAGUGUCUCUGACCGCUCUACGACAGGCGACAAAUCAAGGCGCAAACUUCACAGCAUAUCAAGAAUUGAAGAAGUUUGCUCACCAAAUGCAGCCGGAAUUGGUUGACUUGCCAUCCUACCAGCAUAUGGUUAUCGGGCUGAUCUCCGGCGCUAUGGGCCCCUUUUCCAACGCGCCCAUCGACACGAUCAAGACGCGCUUGCAGAAGGCGACGGCGGUGCCGGGUACGUCCGCAUUUCAGCGCAUCGCGGCCAUUGCGGGGGAUAUGUGGCGCCAGGAAGGAUUCCGCUCGUUCUAUAAGGGCAUCACGCCGCGUGUGCUGCGCGUUGCGCCUGGCCAGGCGAUCGUGUUUGCAGUAUAUGAACGCAUGAGGAAGAUCAUCGAGACGUUGCAGGGCUCAUCGGAAGAUAAAGUAUAUAGCGAGUGA